AUGUCAUCUAAGGUAUCUAAAAAGAAGUUAAAAUCUUUAGAGUAUCGAUCGAAAAAGUUUGCAAAGAAAUCGAAGACGCUCGAAGAUCAUGAAAAAGAGGUAGAAGAUCGUAAUGUUGCUCAGGAGCAAAAAUUGAACAAAAACGCUCAAGAUGAAGCAACUAAAAAUUCUGAAGCCAAGACAACUGAAAAGGAUAAGCAAGAAAAGAAGCGGCCAUUAGAAGGAGAGUCAGAGCCACCCAAAGGAAAACUUAAAAAACAAAAGACUGAUAAAAAGGAAAAGCGAGUCAUUUUGUUUGUGGGUAAUUUGCCAAAAAACUCGGACGUAGAAACAUUGCAAUUGCAUUUUAAGCGAGCUGGACAGGCGCCUCAAGUACGAAUUCCCACAGAGAAGGGGACAGGUCGACAACGAGGAUAUGCAUUUGUAGAGUAUAUUAAUCCCCGCUCAGAUGUCAUAUCCAAGGCCCUCAAGUUUCACCACACACUUUAUAAAGAUCGAAAGAUUAACAUCGAGUUAACUGCUGGUGGAGGAGGAAAGAAGGAGACCCGAAUGAAUAAAAUUAAGGAGAAGAACAAGAAGUGGACUGAAGAACGUAGGGAGCGUGUUGCCGGCGAAGAGAAAAAGGCAAUGGAAGCUAAACACUCGAAAGAGUCCGUCGUUCAAGAAGGUGCGCAGUCCGGUAUUCAUCCUGAUCGUCUGCAUAUGCUAAAAUAA